GCCGUGAGUUCUACAGUCCUUUUUUUUACCGGCAGUAUAAGUAGACCGUGACUGAUCACACACUCCUGCACAGUAGGUGGCGGUAUCGAUCCGCCAAUCAAACUCAUGGAUGAAAAAGAAGAAAUCGAGUAACUAGUUGAUGGCAAACUUUACCUAUAUAUAAUCUUAUAUAAUUUAACUUGCUACCGUUACUAUUACGUUUUAUAGUCUAGACACUGCGCAGUUGAGUCAAUUUUAAGGUGAAUCGAAAGGAUAAGAUUGAUUUAGUGUCCACAUGGGCCAGUGAGGGGGCGAGUUGGACGUACGAAGAGGAUAGACGCGCUGUCUGCUACAUUUCAUCCGCAGUUUGCUUCGUACGUUCAUCUACAUUAGAUCACAUUUGCGGAUUCAUGUAUGGUUCUGAUGGCUUCUCUGGGAGUGACCGAAAAAGAUGAUACAGGGGAGUAUGGUGUUCCCUCAAUGGAACUUUUUAAUAACGAUACAGUUUCCAAUAUGUUGACCAGCCCCGAGCAGAUGGAGGUACUCCAGAGGAUGCGUUUUCAUGAUUGCAGCCAAAAGGAAGGUCAGAGCGUGUCAAGUUUCAUCGCAGAGCUGCGGGAGUUGGCGUCUGGCUGUGGCUUCAGUACCCAGCAGGAACUUCUGCUCAGAGACAGAAUCCUCUAUGGUGUAACUGACAAGUCACUGCAGAUAAUCCUUUUGACCGAGACAAAGCUCACCCUCCAGUCCGUUGAAGAGAGAGCCCUGGCUGCAGAGGAGGCUGCAGAAGAGGCUGCAGCCAAUGCCUGCCCCCAGUCAAUGAGAAACAUCAGUACCAUCCAAGUAGAACUCGAUUAUGACGAUAACAAUGAAGGAGUUGAAGAGUGGUUUGAGAGGUCUGAGGCCAGGGAUGAUGUUGAGGCCAUUGACGAGGAGCAGCCUGACAUCUCCAGCGGAACCACCCACUGCCCCUUCUGUAGCCGCAGCUUCAGAGGGAAGGCCAAGCUGGAGAGGCACCUCCGAAGUCACACCGGAGAGAAACCCUUUCCCUGCCUCGACUGUGGGAAGAGAUUCAGCCAAACCUACCACUUGCAGAGACACCUGCGAAACAUCCACAAGCAGGAAAGCCUCGACCCCUGCCACCAGCUGCCUAGCAACGGGACGACGCAUCUCGGAGACAAUGAAGAGACAGGUGAUGAUGAUGGUGAGGAUGAAGACGUGAAUGACGUGGCACAGCCUGAGAUCCCCACAACCCCCCACUGCUCCAUCUGUGACCGCAGCUUCAGAGGGAAGGCCAAGCUGGAGAGGCACCUCCGAAGUCACACCGGAGAGAAACCCUUCCCCUGCCCCGACUGUGGGAAGAGAUUCAGCCAAACCUACCACUUGCAGAGACACCUGCGAAACAUCCACAACCUGGACACUAACCCUAAAGACACAGAAGAUGACGACAAUGAUGCUAAUCGAGAAGAGGAAGCUCCGGGUCACACGACACGGCCGGAGGCCUCCAGGGGACCCCGCCAGUGUUCCAUCUGUGCCCAGACCUUCAGAGGAAGAGCAAGGAUGGAGAGGCACCUUCGAACUCACACCGGAGAAAAACCUUUCCCCUGCCUUGACUGUGGGAAGAGAUUCGGCCAAAACUACCACUUGCAAAGACACCGGAGGGUCCACACCCGGGAGCGGAGGGGAUCCAAACGCCCUAAACGCCGGGGCAAGACGUCCCACUCGGAGACGGAGCUCAAAGCGUCCAAGCAGCUGACCCAACACAAGAAGAAGAAACCCUACUUGUGCUCCAGGUGUGAUGAUAGAUUCUCCAGCCUGGAGGAGCUGACGGCUCACCUCCCUAACCACGAAGGGGAGAAGCCUAUGAUCUGCUCCGACUGCGGGAAGACCUUCCUUAACCACACCAAAAUGCUGAGACACCAGAAGCUCCACGUGUCGGGAAAACAGCACCUCUGCAACGAGUGUGGGAAGGUGUUCACCUCCCCGACAGUGCUCAUGAAGCACAUGCAGACCCACACAGGGGAGAGACCGUACCUCUGUGCAGAGUGCGGCAUGACGUUUCGCUACAGCUCCCAAUACUACACGCAUAAGCGGAAGCACACAGAAUCACUGCCUAGAUACUCGUGUUCAGACUGCGGUCGAACGUACAGCCGUCUGUCCGAUGUUCAAAGGCACCUGAGAACGCACACGGGCGAAAGACCUUAUCACUGUCCCUGCUGCGACAAAAGCUUCCACAGGCAAGAACAGCUCACAACUCACACGAGGAUUCACACUGGGGAGAAACCCUAUGGAUGCCAUGUCUGUGGCAAGAAGUUCACCCAGAGUGGAGACAAGAGCAGGCACAUGAGUAGGUUUCAUCCCGACGCCACUUCACAAACAUUUUGAGCAAGGCAUUGAAUGUUCAUGUGUUGUUCACAAUAUCAAACUGUUUUGACAUUUGAUUUGUUUUGCUAGAUGCGUGUACGCUGGUCAUACCUUUGUCUGGAAAUGUCAAAAGUCUACAUUUUGAGUCUGUACUUACUAAAAAUUAAAUCCUCUUUUGA